AUGUCUCAGCAGUGUGCCAAAGGCUUUUCCAAGGGCUCUUCCCAGGGCCCCACUCCCUGCCCCGCGCCCGCGCCGGCGCCCUCCUCCUCCUCCUCCUCUUGCUGCCGAGGCUGCUGCAGCUCCAGCGGCGGCUGCUGCGGCUCCAGCGGCGGCUGCUGCGGUUCCAGCUCCACGGGCUGCUGCUGCUUCCCCCGGAGGCGCCGGCAGCGCCGCGGCUGCUGCUGCUGCGGAGGAGGCGGCAGCAGCCAGCGCUCCUGCAACAACCAGAGCUCGGGCUGCUGCUCCGGGGGCUGCUGA